AUGAUUUGGCGCUGCAUCAUUUGUUAUGUGUUUGUGGCUCUUACUCUCAAAUCUUUAUUGAGCCACAUCAAUUUUGCACAUAGUCGUAGUCCAGAUUUCCGUCUGGUUUGUGGAAUAGAUGGGUGCACUAAAGAGUACCGAGUCUACAACUCUUUUUGGUAUCACAUCAGACGAACACACUCACAAUAUCUAGACGGCGUGAGUAGCAGCAGAUCACAUCGGAGAGAGAGAUCAGCACAACACGAGGCAUCCGGUGAACCUAGAAUAACGGACAGCAACAACUUGUGGACAUAUAGUGGACGAACGCUGGUGGCUCAGGAAACUCGGAACUCAAGUGACAGUCCGGAUAAUGAAAAGCCACUGGAAAAUAGUGUGGAUUUGCAAACCUCUCUUCUUGUUCCUGUGGAACAUUUUGGUGAUUUUGAUGCUUUUGUCACUGGUGAAACAGUUUUCUCUGGCUUAAGGAGUAACACCGUUUUGCGGUCUCAUCCGAACCUGGAAACACAGGAUGUACUACUAAAUGAAACUUCAGAUUCGAAUCCCACUCUACCUAUUCCAAACAGGCCUUCAGAUGACUCAAGUUCCUCAUGCCUCCACCAAGAAACCCCGAAUGACGAAUUAUCAAGCGAUGAUGUGCUAUCCAGACAUGCCACUGCUAUUGUGAUGACUGCUAGAGAGAAACAUCAUCUCUCACAGAGUGGUGUGAAUGAUGUUGUGGCUGAGGUUCAGGAGUAUCAAGCUCAGUUACUGAACAGCUUGAGGAGUCAGCUAGAAACAGUAUUCAGCAGACAUGCAGGAAGUGAACUUCAGCGAGAAGCUUUGGGACUCUUUGACUCCUUUAAAGAUCCAUUUGCUGCAGUUUCAACAUCAUAUAGACAGGACAGUGUCAUAAAAGAAAAAUUCAAUUUUGUGGAAGCAGAAGAGGUUUCAGUCGGAUUAGCAGUAUGUCGUCAGAAAAGAAAAAAACAAAGAGACCUCACAAUAAAAAACAAAUGUUUCCAUUAUAUACCCCUGAUAAAGAGUUUAGAACAAUUAAUGUCUCAUCCAAGAAUCUUUGCCAUGAUAAAUGGUGGAUCUCAGAAAUGCAGCAGUGGAUAUUUUUAUGACAUCAUAGAUGGCGAAAUAAUGCUUUCACACCCUUUAUUUUCUUCUAGACCCUCUGCUUUACAGAUAAUCCUUUAUUCGGAUGAAAUCGAAAUUUGCAAUCCACUUGGGUCUCAUGCUUCAAAGAAUAAGUUGCUCAUGUUUUACUACACUUUGGGAAACAUUAAUCCAAAGUACAGGUCAAAAUUAGCUUCAAUCCGCCUUCUUGCUAUUGCAAAGCAAAGUGAACUCUCAGAAUGUGGAGUUGAUGCCAUAUUGGCAAGAUUGCAUGAGGACUUGGUAAAGCUAUAUAAUGGCGUGAAGAUUCAUCUUCCAUGUGGUGAACGUGAGAUAUAUGGAGCAGUGGUGUCUGUAUGUGGAGAUACUUUAGCUCAACAUGAGUUAUGUGGAUUUAAAGAGGGUGUGGGCUUUGCAUACAGUAAAUGCCGACAUUGUGAAUGUUCUUUUGAAGACAUGCAAAUGUUUUUUAAUGAUGAAAACUUUGAGCAAAGAACACUGGAAAGACAUAUUCGACAGUGUAGUGACAUUGAGAAAGCCAGUACUGAAUAUCUCAGAAACAGCCUUAAAACUACAUAUGGAAUAAACCGAAGGAGCAAAGUAAUGGAUUUUCCUGCCUUUAAUUUAAUCCAUCAAACUCCUCAAGAUAUAAUGCAUGUAAUUCUUGAGGGCAUUGCUCCCUUGGAAAUUAAGUGUAUCCUGAAACAAUUGGUUCUUUUGGGACAACUGGACCUUGAUGCUUUCAAUGCUGAUAUAAUUGGAUUCCCAUACUCUCCACAAGAUACUAGAGAUAGGCCUAGCCCUAUUGCGUACAGUACGUUAGCUUCCAAUGACAACAAACUGAAGCAGUCAUCAGGUCAAAUGCUUGUUUUGCUCAAAAUAGUGCCCUUUCUAUUGGAUGUGAUUAAAGGUACUGCAUAUUUUUCCUUCAUUCUUGAGCUUCUGGAGAUUGUUCAAAUUUUGUUUUCACCUGUUAUUAGCCUUGAGACUACUGAUAAGUUGAAAGUACUUAUUGAACAGCAUCUUAAACAUUUUAAGGACCUUUUCUCAGAGAACAACAUUACACCUAAACAGCAUUACUUGAUUCAUGCUCCAUCCCAGAUUAAACUGUUGGGACCAAUGCUCCGUCACAUGUGCAUGAGGUUCGAAUCCAAACAUUGUUUUUUUAAAAAAUGGGUUUCAAAAGUAAAUUUUAAAAAUGUCUGUAAGUCCUUAAUUAAGCACAACCAAAUGUUUGAAUGCUGUCAGAAUGUAAACCAUUCCAACCACCCGAUUUUUUUCAGUGAAUGUGUAUUGGGACCAGUAUCAGAAGUAAAAAACAUGCCGUAUUUAAAAGGAAAAGUAAGGGACUACUUUGGAGUUGAUCAGAUAAAACAUGCAGUGUCUGUUAAGUGGAUUACUUUAAAUGGAAACAAAUACAUUAGUGAAAAAACAUUAGUAGUGUGUAUGGCAAAUGGUAGUAGUCUACCGGAAUUUGGACUUGUGAGGAACAUAUUUGUCAUUAAUUCAUCUUUGUAUUGUUUUGAAUGUCAGAUGUACAGUACAGUCUGUUUUGACAGAGACUACAUGUCUUAUAAAAUUGAGGUUCCCAACCUGGCAGAGGCAACUGAACUAGUAAAUGCAGACAACCUUAUAGACUUCACACCGUAUUACAUUUUAAGUCACAGGGACAUUACAUACGUCCCUGUGAAAUAUUACCUCAGAGAUGUGAUUGAAUUACAUAAAGCCUCAAGUGUGUGAGAAUUUAUGGGUGUGUUCUAAAUUGAAUACGUUUUGAAUUAUUUUGGAUGUCUAACAAUUUCAAAUAAAAUAAUUCUUUAAUUUACCAUUGGGAUAUUUUGGAAUAAUCUGCGUUCAAUACAAGUUGAGUUCAUCGACAUUGUUUUGACAGCCCCAGGGUUAAAUAAAUCUGUGUUACUUUGUAAAUGUGAUUGUUCUGCAUACAAUGAAAUAUAGUAAAUCAGAUUUAAACCACUUUUUGACCAAGUGUUUUUGUUCACACAAGCAAUUUGUCUUAAUUGAAUUUUCAAAUACAUGAACAGAUAGAAAAUAUAUAUAUAUAUUUGAACUUUCUUAAUUUUCUUGAAAAUAGAAUUUUUAGGAGUGGUAUUAUUCUUAAAAUUAGCACAACAAUCUAAUUGAAAAUCCACCAAAACUCGCACUUUAUAGCUGUCACUUGUUUCUGGUAAAAUCUACCUCAAAAUGAGUUAAAAUUUACUUAUCAAGACAGAAUAAGACCAAUUUUCUUAAAUUAAGAUUAAUGAACUAGUAUGCAUUGUAUU